UGUCGCGAAUCUGCGGACGGUUUCUUUGUGCAUACUAAACGCAGGAUUUUAUUUGUCGCUUGAUGCCGAAGAGGCUUAGCUAACCAUUACUCUCGUUGUUUCUUCUCGAUCAGAAAUCACCAAAUCAACCAUGACUCUUUAGAAACAAGCUGCUAAAGUGCCAUAUAACUGCGUGUAUUUCAAGAAAAUGACUUUUGCUUUCAAGGGAGGGCUACUUUUAGCGUGUGUUGUUUUAAACUCAGUAGCCUUGAAGCCGAGAAGUAGAAGAGAUGUUUACGGCAACUCAUGGGUGGUCUACGUCGAGAGAGAAAAGCGAUUUGUCGACGAUUUAGCAGAGAGGAAUGGUUUUAUAAACAGAGGAGAGAUUGCAGGCUUCAGCGGACACUAUUUGCUUGAACACAAAACUCUUGGAAGGCGCCGCUUUCGACGGGAUGCUGCGGAACACACAGGCAAUCUCUUGCGUGAGCCUCAUGUAAAAUUUGCUCUGCAGCAGAAGAUUUUGAGAAGAACUAAACGGGGAUAUUUUUUAGACCCUUACUAUAAAGAUCAAUGGUAUUUGAACAACUCAGGACAAACUAUAGGUCCACGAGGAUUUGAUAUUAAUGUUGGUCCAGUAUGGCGUAAAAACAUCACAGGGCGUGGUGUUGUGGUAACUAUUUUAGAUGAUGGUAUUGAGUACACUCAUCCAGAUCUUCGGAACAAUUAUGAAGCAAAGGCUAGCUGGGACUUUAAUAGUCAUGACAGUGAUCCAAUGCCUCGUUAUAGCAGAGAUAACCUCAACAAACACGGCACAAGGUAUUUGCGUUUUCCUAUAAAUUAUUCACAGUCGGUGUUUACUGUAGGUCUGAAUAUGGCAGCCUGUUGGUUAGUGCAUUGAGUCCUGGAUAGAGUGGUAAGAAUUCAGGUACUUCUUAAAGUUGUUUCACUCACAUGUCAGGGUUGUCAAAAUAGUCAGAUGUUGUCAAAAAUCACCCUCUACUUGAUGAUGGUGAUAAAUUUGGUUAACUAUAUCUCUGCUUGGCUAUUCUUUGAGUUUUUUAGAAAAAGCUAAGACGGCUAAAUCAGCUGCCUACUUCCACAGUAAAACCAGCUACAUGUACGUGAAAAAUGGGAGAUCAACUGAGCAGUACAGUACAUGAUCACAUUCCUACUCCCACAAUAGAAUGACCAAAAACUUAGGACAUCAACAUUACUGUGCAUGUACAGUACAUGAUUGUGCUCUAGGGAAGACACUUGCAGUGUCUCUAUUGACUGGAUUUGGUGCUUGGGAUAUCCAAUGGUUCUUCUAGUCUGUUAGGUCACACUACAACAGAUCAUGCUCUAUUAUAUAGACACAAGUGUUUUACUGGAAAAUACACCACUCAUAAAACUUGUAUGAAACCACAUCUGGGACUCGGGUGGCGUAUUUUCCAUUCACUGAUGUCAUAUUUGACACUUAAAUUUGUAAGGGGCUAUGAUUCAAACAUCUUCUGACCUUUCAUGAAAGUCUUUGGAAAAGUUCGGAAACAUUCGUGUGGCCUUCAGACAAUUUUUUGAGAAUCUGGGUAAAUCUUCGGAAAAUCAUCAAAAACAUGUUAUCAGUAUGUAUAAUUUAAACAAAAUAAUAUAUGGUUGCUUGUAGACAUGGAAUAUCUGUUCUCUUGUUCAACUUUAUAUCUCACUCGUUUGCUGCACUCACUGCUGAGAUAUUGAGGUGGACACUCAAAGAGACAUUCCGUAUCUACAGUAUGUGCAGCCAUGUAUCAUUCUGUACCAAUGUAAUUUAUACUUGUGACAUAGUAAUAUCACAGUAAAUGCUAAUGACUUGUCUUGUCUGA